CCAUGUUGCAAAUAGAAGCUCUGUCUGAAAGCAUCAACAACCUUACACAGGACAGGAGACAGGAGCAGAGGGUGAAUAGUGGACUCACUACAGAAACCUCCAGACACAUCCUGUGUAUAAGAGAGACCAACCUCUGACCUCCGCCCCCCAACAUCAGUCCACCAUGGGCCAGACCAUCCGCAAACACACUCCUAACCGCUUCCCGUCCUUUAAGCGUAGCUCUCAAAGACAACCGUCACAUUCUCAAAACUUAUCGCCUCGACCGAGUAUCUUCUCCACGUUAAGAAGGGCCCCUGUACCCAAACCCAGUGAUUUCAUUUCACUGUUCAACGACUGCAUCUCUGCCGCCUCAUCCAGAACACAAGAGUGCCUCCUCUUCAAAGACCCAGAGGACAAGUUCCGACUGAUCCCCGAGGUGCUCACUCAGGUCUUCCUGAUGACCUACAUCUCUCAGAGUGUCUGCCUUAACUUGACAGACACCUUCAACUGCACAGCCAUGACCCCUGAGCAGCGUAUUCUCCUGGGGGCCGACUGGGUCUGGGCCCUGCUGGAGAAGCCCACCAAGAACCCUCAGAUUCAGAUUGCUGUGCAGGUCAUACACCUGCCCGACAGGGAGGACUGCAAGGACAACUCUGCAGAUGUCAGCGAGACGGUCCUGAUUGCCCAGAAAGAGUCCAGCAACAAAACCAUGUGUGAGAGGUUGGUGGACUUCUGCACCUCCAUUGGCAAGGACUGCUACGCCCUCUUCUUGUUCAUGGGGAAGAAAAAUGACCCUGGAAAUAUUUACGGAGUUCUCAGCAACAACUUUGAGGCGGCCAUCGGGAAGUGCAACAAGAUCGACAGAGUUUUAAUCGAGAAUUUCUUCAAAGGCUCGAGGUACCUCCACACACCCACAGGAAUGAUGCAGGCUAUCGUCACCAAGAAAAAGGGAGACCCUCUCACUCUCAUGAUUAAGUUCAGCUGAACCAAAGGGACUCAAAAUAACUGAUGGCUAAUAACAUUUUCAAUGUGAUAGAAAGAUACUAACUUUAACAACACAGAAGAUCUUUAGAGAACACUCAGGUUCUUUUCAGCCUGUUGAUGAUGUUGCAUUUAGUGAGUCAAUUCACUUUUGUCAUGUUUACUUAAAGUCCUGUUUUCUUACAAACUAGCAAACUAAACAAGACUAAACAUACUGCACUUAUGUGUCUCUUCAAGAGUUAUAGGAGUUACUUUACUAUUUCAGUUCAUCCACUUCUCAACAACAGAGUAUGGGUAACUGUAAAGUUUUAAUGAUAGACAAAAACACGCUCAACUCCC